AGUGGCCCUAUAAAGUGGGAUUAAUUACCAUAUCCGCUUUCAUUGGUGUAUAGACCCCAAACUACUACUCCACAUCAACGACGAGUGGAUAGAGCAACAUAUAAAUCAAAGGUAUUUUGUUAGCCAUAUUGACGAAAUAACCGUAGCAUAGCACAAAAGGAUUUAGAGGAAUUUCUCUUGGGAAAAGCAUCAGAACGAAAGUCGCUAUCAUCUUGGCCGCCGGGAAGGCCCAUCUCACGGCAUCGCCUACCGCCCUUGCAGCCUCUCACUUGGGGAGGAUGGAUGCGGAGGCAGCCUCUCCGUCUCUCUCCUCCACGGUGGCAGGGCCCUCCACACUGUGGCGUCUCGCUGAGCGGAGGAGUAGGAAGGCUGGCUCAGGGAACAUCUUUGGCGGAGUGAACCUGCGUCAGCUGCAGAGGCUGUUCACGGCAGCUGGGGACCAGGAUGCAGAGCAGAGGGCUGAGCUGGUGUGGGGCCACGGGGAUGAGGCUGAGCUGGCCCAGGCCCUGAUAGGACUGAGGGCGAGGGGCCGACGGAGAGGACUCAGGGUGGAGGGGCGAGGCACACUGGGGUCGCGCUGGCUCCGGGCGUUUAAUCAUCUGAGGAUUGGUAAGAGUUCAGAGAGUAGCCAGCAGAGCAAAGAGCAGUCAUCAGACAGCAAGACUGAGGCAAGAGCAAAACACAGCAGCCCAGAUACACAGCCACUGACUCAUAAGGACCCCAGAGGCGCUACAGGCGUCAGAGAGGACCUAACUGAGGGCCAAGGGCCUGCAGGGGCCUCUGAGAGACCAGCCAGACCAGGAGCUCUACUGAAGAAAGGAGGGGAGAGCGACCCGGAGAGGUACCUCCACCGCAUCCUCCACUGAAGGACACAGAGGACUAGGAUGACUUUGUUGCCCCUAGAUCCCUUCCCCCACUAAUCAUUCAUGUGUGUAUUAGGUGAUGGUAAACUGAUCCUAGAUCUGUGGUUGGGGACAACUUCUACGUGGAGUAAUGACCAACCCUAGUUCAGAGAGUGACAAGGUCAAAGAUACUAUAUAUUUUUACCUCUGUCCAACCAAGAUCAGAUGAAUGAAGUACAAACUGGAUCUACAAGAUGGGGGAACACUUUGAUAUGACAUUCUAACAUUUCAUUCUCUCUCAGGAACUGGCUUAUCUGUUUGUCUCGUCUCUUAAGAGCAUCACAUAUUAGACCUUGGAUUCAUACAAAGGAUUAAGGAAAGAGGUUUCGACUGUGUGGGAUAUAGCAGAGCACUUCGGGAGAGCUCAAUUCCACCUGGACUUGUUUUUGAAUUAAGUAUUUUGGUAAUUUGAUUCUCCAAAUUAGACAAAUGUGCCAAGGUGCAUCCUAAAAAGAAAGGAAAAUAAGUUGAUGUCAACUGGAAAGGAGAUAUUUUGAAGAAGUCAACAUUUCGACCAGGGUUGCGGAACUCAUUCCAUACAGGGACAAGUGUCUGCUGGUAUCGUUAUUUCCUUUUCAAUGUGUAAAAUCAGAAACCGCAGGGGUUCAAACUUUAGAACCCAGUUCCUACAUUUGAAUAUAGAAAUUGAUUUUAUCAAACAAAACUAUGCUACAUUUUAUCUCUUGGACCCUCAGGAUGACAAACCAGAGCAAAAUGACUGAAUGUAAAUACAUUAUUUACCUUCAGAGGUGAAUGUAUCAACCAAGUGCUGUGCUGAAAGUUGGAUGUUACUUACGUCAUUCUAGUCAGAUUAGCGCACGUUAGCAACAACCGUCCCGGUAUAAGGACACCGAUCUCAGAGGUUAAAGGGCCAGAUGCACAAUUAAAGGGCAAUUACACUCAAAUCAAUUUGUUAGUUUCCUUCCAGACCAAAAAUUAAUGCUAUUCUGAUGUGAUUUAAGCAUUGACAUGGACUCAGAACAUCCAAUUUUGAUGUUUCUCUAAAACAAUUUAAUUGUGAGAAAUUCAAAACAGGAAAAAUAAAACAUAAAAAAUUUUUUUUGGGGGGGGGGAUUUGUUUUUGGACCCCCACCCCUUAGUUGUUUUAUUAACCAUUCUUUUACCAGAUAUAUUGACAGAACACUGCACUACUUUCUCUUGUACACUAAGGACCAGAGGAAGAGUUUCAGGGGAGAUGAGAAGUUUCCUAUUCGAAAGCUUGAUAAAAAUGAGUAGCUGGUAACCUUUUUUUAAAUUUAUUUUUUAUAAAUGGUUCUCAUGCUAGACAAGGUUGGCAAACUAGGGUAAAACGCUGGGCCCUAGAUGUAGCCUAUAACUAGGACACAUUUUCUUGGUCAGGUGACAAACUCAUGGCCCAACUCAUACCUGGUCAAUGUACAAGGAAAGAGAAACCAAAAAAUAAAUGUAUCACUUCAAUAUGUUAAUGUUGCCUUUAAUUUGACACUACAGUAUAUGGUCUUCCACAUUCAUUGAUUUAAAUUAUUUUUAAAUCUAUAUUUCUACAGGUGAAGUUUACAUACACCUUAGCCAAAUACAUUUUUAACUCAGUUUUUCAAAAUUCCUGACAUUUAAUCCUAGUAAACAUUCCCUGUCUUAGAUCAGUUAGGAUCACCACAUUAAGAUUGUGAAAUGUCAGAACAAUAGUACAGGGAUUUUUCAUCUUUUAUUUCUUUCACGUUCCCAGUGGGUCAGAAGUUUACAUAUACUCAAUUAGUGUUUGGUAGCAUUGCCUUUAAAUUGUUUCACUUGGGUCAAACGUUUCGGGUAGCCUUGCACAAGCUUCCCAUGAUAAGUUGGGGGAAUUUUGGCCCAUUCCUCCUGACACAGCUGGUGUAACCGAGUCAGGUUGGUAUGCCUCCUUGUUCGCACACACUUUUUCAGUUCUACCCACAAGUGUUCUAGCUUUGUGAUGGCCACUCUAAUACCUUGACUUUGUUGUCCUUAAGCCAUUUUGCCAUAACUUUGGAAGUAUGCUUGGGGUGAUUGUCCAUUUGGAAGACCCAUUCGUGACUUGUUUUUCUGUGGAUAUAUACUUUUGUACCUGUUUCCUCCAGCAUCUUCACAAGGUCCUUUGCUGUUCUGGGAUUGAUUUGCACUUUUCGCAACUCACCAUCUCUAGGAGAUGGAACGUGUCUCCUUCCUGAGCGGUAUGACUGCUGCGUGGUCCCAUGGUGUUUGUACUUGCGUACCAUUGUUUGUACAGAUGAACGUGGUAUGUUCAGGCAUUUGGAAAUUUCUCCCAAGGAUGAACCAAACUUGUGGAGGUCCACCAUUUUUUUUACUGAGGUCUUGGCUGAUUUUCUUUUGAUUUUCCCCCCCCCCCAUGAUGUCAAGCAAAGUGGCACUGAGUUUGAAGGUAGGCCUUGAAAUACAUCCACAGGUACCUUCAAUUGACUCAAAUUGCCAAUUGGCUAGUCAAUUAUCAGAAGCUUCUAAAGCCAUUUACAUAAUUUUCCAAGCUGUUUUAAAGGCACAGUUCAUUUAGUGUAAAACUUUUUUGACCCACUGGAAUUGUGAUUAAGUGAAAUAAUUGGUCUUUAAGUAAUUUUCCAAACAAUUGUUUGUCAUGCACAAAGUAAUGUCCUAACUGACUUGCCAAAGCUAUAGUUUGUUAACAAGUAAUGUGUGGCAUGGUUGAAAAACAAGUUUUAAUGUCUCCAACUUAAGUGUAUGUAAACUUCUGAAUUCAACUGUGUGUGUAUAUCAAAGAUGUGAUUGCAUAGUUUGAUUAAAGGUGUUGAUAAAUA